UCUUUUUGCAUUCAUCCAGAUUCCUACCAAUUCCUCCGUUGUAAAACCAACCAACAUUAUAGUUCCCACGAUAUCAAUAACUGAAAUGCCUUCAGACGAUGAGGCCUUACUUGAAUGGGUCACUGCGACGUAUUCCAAGGUCUGGACGUUCUCAAGUAUAGGAUCUGCCAACGUCAUCAACCUUCAAGUUGGGCAAGAUCCCAAUGCACCCGAGGAGUGUAGGCUGACCCGCAACUACCAGCAGUCGCACAUCACCGCCAGUCAGGUGGAACCUGUACGCAUCGGCUACUGCAGCCCAGACAUCAGUAGGGCCACUCAGGAGGUACACAUCAUCUGGCUCCUAUCCCCAAGCUCCAGCGUCGUCGUCGAACUGAACGAAGUGUCGAGGAAUGCAGCGUCCAAAAGGAGGAUAGUGCUUGUUCUCCAGGCAGACACUCCGUUGGUGUGGAACGUCGUCAGCGACGCCAAUAUCAGGCAUCUGACCAUUGUGAGCGACCACCAGGUCAACACAGAGGGGAUAACAUCAGCUCCUUUUGAAGUCCAAAAAGAGAAUAUUCCAACCAAGGUAGAGAACCUCUACUCCUGGGCCCUGGACAGGUACAGCGCCGUCGUGUCGUACACCGAGGCUGUUCUUGCCAACAAGUUUGAUAUCACAGUCGGAAAAGCAAACAUCUCCAGGCACACCCAUCUCCUGUCCCCUGACCACGCGGGAUCGACUUCCAUCGAUUGGCCCAACGACUCGCCCCACGUGGUCGUAGAGUGUCUGAAGAACAGUAUCCGAGCCCUGGUACCCAUGCAGGUGGCCCAGUACUACAACCUAAGCCCCGAAGACAUCACCUUGGAAGACAGGCAGUGCACAUCCAUGGAGUACAUGACCUUGGGCUUCAUGUUGGAUACACAGCUUAAUGCAUGUGGGACUACAUCGGAGCAGCGGUUGAAUAAGAUGAUAUAUCGUAACAGGGUGUUGUUCUUCAACGGGUCCCCUGAGGGAAGUGGCGCUGGCAUCGAAGGUUCCGGUGUGAACCUCCUCAACGAUGAGUAUGUCGAUGACGAGGACUCCAGCCUGCCGUUCUACGCAUCGUCCAUCGAGUGCGAGUUCCUGCACGGACCCACGAACACCAACAACGACAUGACCAACAACCAUGUGACCCUCCACAUGGAUAUGUACGAGACGCCGCUCUUCCAGAACAAGGUGGUCGACUUCCCGGCGCCGCUCCAGGACCAUUCCAGGUUGUACUUCCAGGUCGGGGUCAGCGGAGGACAGCGGAGACACGAGGUGGUCAUCAACCAAUGCUGGAUCCAGGCGGCAAAUGAGAUCGUUCAUUCCCUUAUUGAUUUCAGCUGCCCCGUUGACCAGACCAUCAUCUUCCAUGAGUUAAACCCCAACUACGUGAGCCUAGAUCCCCAAGAGGAUGGGGACCUGAAGCGCUUCAGUUUCCAGGUUCACUGGACACGGGAGACCUUUGGCCUUCAUACCUUCGUCAGCUGUAAGCUCAGUCUGUGCAGUAAAGACUAUAAUACGGUGGACGAGGAGAAGGGUAUUCCGGUGUGUUCAACACUAGAAGCCCUUCAGCAAGCCUGUUCGGGAAACCCGGGAGUUAGGGUUGGCCAGCAGCUGACCACUGGACCAAGCAAGACGCUGGAGAUUGGUCCUUUACUAGACAGCUCAAUAGAAAUACCUGUAGUGGAUAGUAAUGAUAUAGAUAAUGAAGUAAAUGUAGGAAAUUCAGCAUGUCUAGAAGGAAACAGUGCUGAAACAAUUUCAGGUUUAGGUGCAGGGCCAGCUGCAGCUAUAGCUUUUGCAGCAUUCACCAUCGGCGUACUACUUACAGCAUGCCUGUGGUUCAUCCAUGCACAUACAGGUCCGCGGAGAGAGAUCCCUGGAUCACCUCGUACAUUAAGCUCACCCAGUUCACCUUUGAUGAACGGUCACAUACCAAAUGGACAUUUACCGAACGGGGGGCCUAUGGUGGCCCGACAGCGGCCCCCGCCGGCGCCCGCCCCAAAUGGACCACUUCACAUACCCUUAGCGAACGGUAUGAACCCUAACAUGAUCCCCGCGCGGGGACUUAUCAACGGACCCAUCGGGGAGUCAGUAUGAGAGUGACCAAACAUGAACUGCCGCGUGUGCAGCUUUGGAUCAGUGCUAAAAUUGUUAGUGUGAAAUGGAGCUCUGUGAGAGUGUAUUUCUCCACAUUGUUGAGGAGAGCAUUCGCACCGGAGAGUCGAGUUUGAAUAUAUAUAUAUUCAGUUGAAUCCACCGUGGCAUAGCUGAAAGGAUAAUCAAUGUGAAAGGGGCAUUUUGAAGCGACCGACGCGAAGGAUUCGAUGCUUCUGAGACGAGUGGAGCAAAAAGUUUGCAAUAGAAUGGAAAGGACGAUCAUCGAAACGGGUCAACCUUCUCAUAGAUCAGCUUCGCACGAUGUGAAUGGACCAGGUGAUAUUCCUGUAUAAAUGCAUGCAGAGUUUUUCACAUAUGACAUAGUAGACUAGGCAAUCCUGUGGAAACGCAUAUAGGAGCCUGGUGCAGUCAGUUGUGAAGAGUUAUGGGAAGGAUGACAGGUAAAACAACUCAAGUGUCCGCUUGCUUCCAACGCCAAUAUGGAACCUGUUCAGAUAUAUUCUAUCCAAACCGUUGAAGAACUCGAUUGAAUUGACCCUCCUUGCUUUCAAAUGUAAAUAGGACCAUCGAUGGAGGUGCUGAAGAUUUUGACAUCUUCGAACAUGUACAGCAGAACGAUACGCAGAAGAAAAUUUUAUUGGACUAUUUUCCCUGUCUCUUCGUUUUUUUACGCAAAAGAAAAAGUUUCACAGUACAGCACUUGUCGCCUACGCAACGCGUAGUCAGUGUGAUAAAAAAACUGAAAGUGUGAUUUAUGUUACAAAGCAAAUGUAUUGUGAUAUUUAUGUGUCUCUGUCUGUUUACCAUUGUACUUUUAUCAAGUGCUGUCUUAUGCAAUAUUUUUUUUUCAGCACAAUAUAGUGAAAGCCAUUGGUUAACCUUGAUUUCCCUGUUCAAAAACCUGAGCAGUAACGUCCCAUUUGUCACCUAUCUCUGUGAUGAUCUAUAAAAAUGAAGCCCUGAAAAAUUUCAUCCGAAUUUCAUUAUUCAGUGCGUAAAAAAGUGAAAAAUUACGUGACUGGUUACACCAUCCCAAUUUUAUUCCAUAUGCUACAUAGUGUAGGUUUCAUGGUACACCAUGUAUCUUUCUUGGGCUAGUGUUGGUCCUGAAAAGGACUACCCAAACAUGGUGUACCGUGAAACCUACUACUCUAUUCUUCUUCGCCAUGGAAAUCUUCAGAAGUUACAUCAUAUGCUACAUGUGUUACAUUUAGACUCCCCAGGAGAAAAUUAAAUGAUUUUUCUGUCACAGAUCUACUGGCGUGGUCCAUUUAGGUCCGCAGGUAGAAGCCGUGUAUAGAGUCAAUUGUUGAUGCUCAACCUGGGGCAAAACUAUCCUAGAUAAAGCAUGAACGAGCGACACUUGAUCAUGAUCCGGGGAUCGCUGAGUAAAUCCUUGUUGGUCCGUGUUUGUAUGUGACCGGGGCUUUGUAUUGACUCUGAUUCACCCAAAAUGUUCCUGAAAACGGUGACAAUUUGCAGAAGUCACCUUGCUCUAAAAUAUUAGCAAUCUGCCUUGUCCUCAUGUUAUUAUUGUCAUCAAGAUUUUGUUUUUUUUUAAAUGAGCCAGCCUCAUGACUGAUUUGGGUUUUGAUUGCCUUACAUUGUGUUUUUUUUUCAUCAUAGCAUUAUAUGAAUAACUACAGCAAGACCUGUGUCAUGUCCUUAAAUGAAUCUAUUGUAUUGAUUGCAUCAAUUCACUUUUCCUUUUUUUUUGUUUUUCAGAAAAGAUACGAUGCAAUAUCUAAAUGUGUGUAACCCUAUACCAUUCAGUAUUAUUCCCUCUAAGCUGAACCGUUACACUCAUAUCGUGAUCAAUUGUUGGUAUUUAAUGGUUGGUGACUUGUACUUAUUCUUACCAUGCUUUUUUGUUUUGUAAUUAGUUACCCUGUACCUAUCCUCUUGCAUUUACUAUUGUAUACAAUGCAUCGAUUCCUUUGACAAUGCAAUUGAAAUCACAAUGGAAAACUAAGAGGCUUUUGUCGAAUGUUGAGGGACUUGGACAGCAGAUUAUCCGAAGAUUUGCACCGGACGGACAAUUGCAAAUAUGCCGUUGUCCAGAGUCAAGAGAUUCCGAUGCUGUCCCGGUCCACCAACUUUCGGCAAAAGCCUCUCAGCGCUCCAUUGUGAUUUGACUUGCAUUUUCAAAGGACUUGGUGCGUUUUGGAGAGUUUCCCCGUAGUAAAUACGAAAAGCCUGGAAUACAGAUCGUGGUUGCCCAGUGAUAAUUUGAUGUGUCUGAUAGCUACAUAUCAUGUGACAGCGAUAUUUCUAUAUCAGGGAAUUAUUUUGAAGAUGAGAUAUGAAGAAUUCAUAUAUAUAUUACUGGAAAUAAAAUUAAUCCCACCUACUGCUUCAGAUCUUUGGUCAAGUAUAGUUGUUGUUUUUUCAUCUUUCUCUUGAAAACUGAAAAAGAUUAUGGAAAUUAGCCAAAGGGUAUCGCAUAGUUGGGCGCAUUUGCGAAAAAAGGUAUUGAAAAAUCUGUGCAUUUAGGUUAAAAAAACGUGUUUUAUUCAAGUUCAUUUGUGAAAUUAGUUCAUUAAGAUAUAUGUGUUCUUGAUAAGGAUGUUAUCUCAAACCCAGGUUUAAUUUUGUUGAGUAAAUCUAUCAACUGGACCAAAUAUGAAUAUGAAUUAACCUGAGACAAACUGUAAGUCUGUUUGCAUGUAUUUGACAGACAACUUUUGACAUUCUCUGAUGAGAAACUAGAUGCGACCAAAGAGUUACUUGAGCUAGCUCAUAUUUCUAUACUCGUUAGAAUGCAUUUCUUUGAGUAAUUUAUACUCCUUCACUUUUGUAGACUGCCUGUUGUGAAUAUUAAUUGUUUUUAUCGUGAAUAAAUUCCACCAAGUUUUAAAAUUGGAAUAGCUCAAGUGGAAUUUUACACAUUUUAUUUCAUCUCGGACAAUUACUAUGAAUUAUACACGGUUGAAAAUAGAAGGACACUGUUCACCUUCAAUCUAGCAAAUCAUAAAAUUCCUAAACUGCCUCAGGACAUGGGUUCAAUUCUGAGUUGUGUCUUUCGGACCGUGACAUGAAAGGUCAGUCCCAGACAUAAUAAAUCAUGUCUCAAAUGUAAACUGUCUGUUAAAACUCAAUUACACAUACUUGAUAAAAUGAUUUUUCCCAGCAUUUGUAUGGUGCCACAUAAUUUAAUAACAUAAAAAACACAGAUUUUGUUCGCAUAUAAUUGCCAAUGCUACUGCAUAUUUGUUUUUGAAAGUGUUUUUGAAAGAUUUUAUCUAUAAAUAAUUUUCAUUUCUAUUUUGGUUUCUUUUGAUUUCAUAUUGUGACCAAUGAACUAUGAUGUACACUUGUCAGUGUUUUAUGUGCAAGCUACCUCACUUUUGAUUUAUAUACAUAUAUUUUCAAAACUUGUCAGAAAAAUCAAUGAUCAAAUUUAGAAUAUGCCAGCAGCGCUUCAUAAGUUUUAGAUAUUCGAAGAUGAAUUUCAUAAAAUUGUAAAAAAAAAAAUCAAAUUUAAGAUAUGCCAAUAGUUCUGGAAUUUGUAACUGAUUAAGCUCCCGCUGCCUCUUGCAUUAUCUAAUAUGUGCAAAUCUUUAAUUUGAAACUUGAUUUCACGAUGAUUCUAAAUUAGUUGUGAUAAAACAAGAAAUAUCAUGAAAGUUAUCUGUGUUUUUAGUCCGAGCUUCAUACCACUCUAAUUUCUCAACCACAACCAGUUUUGUGCAUCAAUCACAUUGUAUCACACAUAUUUUCAUAUAGGUGCAUAGCUUUCCAACCAAAGUAACUAGUACCCCAAUGAUGUAUGACUGUUGCACCACUAGGAGUAUAAACCUUCAAUCAUGUCAUUUAUUUUUGUAUCAAACUACCAAUAACAUAUUUAUUUAGUGUUGCAUUUUUGUUAUGUCUGUUGUUUUUUUUACAAUCACUUACAUGAUUUGAUUUCCUCUAUGGUGCAUAAUAUUUUAAGUAUUUUUUUUUCUCAAUGUUUCUGAUUGUGUUAUUUUUCUUUAUGUAUGUGUCUUAUUAGGUUCCAUGAUGUUUACUCCGGCGACAAUUGCUCCGAUAGAAAAUCUGCGCAUUGACCAAAGCAUAAAACCUAACAUCCGAAACUAAAUAAACCCUAAUCAUUACCUUUACAUUACUAGUAUUCUUAACCGAAAACUCUAUUACAAUCCUAGUUCUAACCCUUUGCCCUCGGAGGUUAAAGACCGGAGCAGUUGUCACAGGAGCAAAUGUUGUUUCACGGCUGUCACCAUCUUAUUCAUCUUUGGUCUAUGUUUUUUUUUCUUUGAAGACUUGAUGAGAUGAUCAAGGGCUGACAUAUUGGGGAGCAUUUCAUGGAUUCACCACCAUUAUAAGCUACCGAAAUCCUUGCCUCUGAUUGGCUCAGAGCAGAUUUGUGAACCCUUGAUAUGUUACAUGUUAAACUGCCACAAGAAAAUACACUUUUUAUAUAUGUGUAAGUGAAUGGAAACUGCCUGGAGUAUAUUUCUUGUGUCUGUAUUCAAUUCAAUACCCAAUCCACUGAUGUGCUAUAAUUGCUAUCUUGUCAGUGAAUGUAGCCCUAUCAUAUAAACAGUAUUAGACUUUAUUAUUGUUGGAUUUAUUAGGAUAAACUUAAUUCUAAGAUUUAACUGGAUAGAGUCACUCUGCCAAUAAAAGACAAAACACACACAGAAAUCAUCAAUAGGUGUUGCAAUAUGUAACUUAUGUAACAUGAUCCUGUGUAUCAACAAGUCACAUACUCCCCUGGUAGUAAUACUUUCAAGUUAAUGAUGAACAUGUAAAUAUCACAUUGUCCGAAAUUAAGAACUCGGGUGUGUGAAGAUGUGUAAAAUUUAGAGUGAGUUACUUCGCUAAAUUCUUGAACCAGUGGCGUAGUCGGCAAAGUGUUUCUUCAAAGUCAAAACGAAGGAAAAUUAUCAUAUUCCUGACUUGGGUAUUGAAUUGAAUAUUGCCCCGGGCCCCGUUUCAUGAAGCUUGUUAUCAAUCUCAAUGUAUUAGCUUUUGUUAUAAGCUACCAAAAUCAUGGAAUCUGAUUGGCUUAAAGAAAGGAUAUUGAAAGUAAACUUUUGUGACAGGGCCCCCAAUGUCUUCACUUAGGCUAUGUAUGUUAUAUGCGUUUAAGCAUAUAUUAUUGAACAAGUGGGAAAAGAAUUACAAUUUCUGUUUCUUAAGUAAUUCAACUGCUGCAGUUUAUCACUGCCUGAUUUGAGCCCUGGUACAUAGAAGGAUACAAUCGAUUUGAAAAUUAUUAAGUGUAACUUCAAUCAAUGACAGAGUAUGUGCAGAAAGUUACAACCUUUUAUUGUUGAUAUUGAUUGUAUGUCUUCUUGAUUCAGGUCCAGAUCCGGCAAAUCAUGGAUAUUCUUUUUUUUUUAUUUUACAUGCUAAAUGUACUGUUUCACCUGCCAAGUUCUAUUCUUAUUACUGUCUUUUGAUGCAUUGAGAUGAAUGCAUUUUACAUAUUAUUGAAAUAUUCAUUCCAUUUUUGCAUGUAAACUGCUCCGUGCAUUGAAUCUCAAUCUCGGUGUUGGACUCUACGUGAGUAUUUUUUGUUUCCAAUUCAGUCUGUCAUUUUUUUUCUCUCUCUCUCCAUACCUCUGUCCAAACACCUCAUUCUGUUCCGUUUCCAUCUUUAAUUUAUUCCAAACUUGUCACUUUCUUCCUUUUUCAUUCUCUCUCUCUUUCCUCCUUCAAGAGAUCUACUGAGUUGUAACCCCUCUUUACUGUUCCUUUUCUUUCUCACUAGUAGUAUCUCACUUUCCUUCACCCCCUUUCUCUCCCAAGUAUUUUUUAUGCUAGACCAUACAUUCCCCCCUUUUUUCUCUCUCAAUCUGUCUUCUCCACUCCCCACCCCCCCCCCCUCUUUUCCUCAUUAAUUUCUUAUCUCUCUCUCUCUCUCUCUCUACUUUUAUUUUUGUGAAUAUAUUUGUUUUGUGAUACGAGGCAGCGUGAAAAUGUAUUACCAUGAAUGUUUUGUAACGUGUUCUAUGGUAGUAAUGUGUAGAUGUCAUAUUUUUUAACAAUAAAAUGUCUGAAAUCUGCAAAUGAA